AGGCUGGGGCUAGGCACUUCGAGGGCCGUGGCUGCUCCGGCUGUAUUCACCGCACUGGGGAAGUCUCCGGACUGUUAUUUUGGGAGCGGUCCCGGUCCGUGUGUUUAUGAGAUUAGACCUGGCUACGCCCUCUUGGGAAUGGGAGGGCGGCCGGGUCCUAAUGCUCGCUAGAUCCCCGGGGCUCUGGGCUGUGGGGCGGGCGGAGGCGGCGGCUCAAGCCAAGAGCGACUUUGCUUCCUGAAGCCGUCCGCGGGGCGCUGAUGGCCGGACGCAUCCUGGGAAAGACUUUAGCCACCGUGUCUCUCUCUGUGGCCUUGGCCUAUGUGACUGUCAAAUCCUCGGGCUUUCGCAGCAUUCCGGAGUGCAGAAAUUCACUUUCAUCCUGUGGAUUUCAUCUUAACUCCACAAUCAUGUCUGCUUCUAAUGGUGCCAAAGAGAAUUCCCACAACAAGGCUAGGACAUCUCCUUACCCAGGUUCAAAAGUUCAACGCAGCCAGGUUCCUAAUGAGAAAGUAGGCUGGCUUGUUGAGUGGCAAGACUAUAAUCCUGUGGAAUACACUGCACUCUCUGUCUUGGCCGGACCUAGGUGGGCAGAUCCUCAGAUCAGUGAAAGUACCUUUUCUCCCAAGUUUAAUGAAAAAGAUGGGCAUGUUGAGAGAAAGAGCCAGAAUGGCCUGUAUGAGAUUGAAAAUGGAAGACCUAGAAAUCCUGCAGGACGGACAGGAUUAGUUGGCCGAGGGCUUUUGGGGCGAUGGGGCCCAAAUCAUGCUGCAGAUCCCAUCAUAACUAGGUGGAAAAGGGAUAAAACUGGAAAUAAAAUCACCCACCCCAUUUCUGGGAAAAACAUCUUACAGUUUGUUGCCAUCAAAAGGAAAGACUGUGGAGAAUGGGCAAUCCCAGGGGGGAUGGUGGAUCCAGGGGAGAAGAUCAGUGCUACACUGAAAAGAGAAUUUGGUGAGGAAGCUCUCAACUCCUUACAGAAAUCCAGUGCCGAAAAGAGAAAAUUAGAGGAACAGUUACACAAACUCUUCAGCCAGGAACAUCUAGUGAUAUAUAAGGGAUAUGUUGACGAUCCUCGAAACACUGAUAAUGCAUGGAUGGAGACAGAAGCCGUGAACUACCAUGAUGAAACAGGUGAGAUCAUGGAUAACCUCACCCUCGAAGCUGGAGAUGACGCUGGAAAAGUGAAGUGGGUGGACAUCAGUGAUAAACUCAAGCUCUAUGCGAGUCACUCCCAGUUCAUCAAACUAGUUGCAGAGAAGCGAGAUGCACACUGGAGUGAGGGCUGUGAAACUGACUGCCAUGGGUUAUAGCUCACAGCCUCCAUGUAAGCUGAAGUUCAACCAAGGAGCACACACUGAGAAGAAGGCACUAUCAACAGAACUGAUACUAGCAAGAGGGCAGGGUUGAUGACUUGGAAAUAAUUUUAUUCACCUUUCAAAUGAUUUUCAUUUAGGAGGUUUUACAUCAGAAUAAAAUUAGGUAGAUAUGGUGAAAUCCAACACAGUAUUUUUGGCUUUUUAGUCAAAAGAAAUAUGAACAUAUUUUAUACGUAUUCUAUUUUAAGUAUGCCUCUAAACCAAAUUUAAACAACUUUAAUGCUGUUUGGUUUUUUUUGGUGGGGGAAUUUAAGUUUGAUUUAUUAAAAGUCAUUGAAAUAUGUAUAGUCAGGAGAUGCUGUGUUACAUGUAGGUGGUGUCAAUUCUGGUAGUUCUGUGUUCUUUGUUCAGUGCUAGUUCUUAGCAUGAAACUUGUGAUGCCAUGAUAGCAAAGGGACAUGUUAAGUACACUGACUUAUUUUUCAAAACCAAAUUAACCUAUUAGCUUCUAUUGAAAGUUUGAAAUUUUUUUCAGAGACUGUAACUCAUUUUUUUGAGCCAUUGCUCAAAUAUAAAAAAGGAACACAGCCUUAAAGACAAAAUAAUAAUAAUAAUAAUAACUACAAUGGAAAAACAAUCUUAUGCCAUUGGCACUCCAGGCCUUCCCUCACACAUGAACAAGGGGCUGUGAAGAUAGACAUUAGGUGGCCCAGGUCCCAGGGGUUCCCUGGCACUGAAUAAUGUGUACUUUCUGUCUAUAUGCAUGUGCUCUCUCUACCUUAAAUGCAGUUACCCUGUACUGCCUCAGGUAGGGUGGGACUUGAUGUUCCUUUGAAAAUAAAUUUCUCAUCAGCCAUGACUUCUCCUGUCCAUCUAGUUCUUGUCUGUCAGUUCUUUUUUGUUGUUGUUCCCCUUGCUUUUCUGUGGGCUGAAGGAUGUUUCUGCCAUAUCAAGCUCCAUGAGGAGGAGCACCACCAUUUUGUAAUCUGAGUUAUCGUUUAAUUAUGUGCUUCACAUGUUGCUUUAUAUGACCUUGUUGAAACUGAUUUCAAAAAUGGGAACUUUAUGUAUUCUUGUCUUUAGAGACUUCAGUUAUAAAGAAAUUUCAGCCCUCUUAGUCAAUGAAGAUCAAUGAAUAAGGGCUUAUGUUUUCAUUUUCAAAAGUUUUGAAGUAAUAAUACAUCCAGAAAAUGAGUAAUUUAUGUUUAUAUAUUUAUUUUACUCUAUUGAUUGUAACUAUAUAUUAUAAAUGAAUUAAAAUAGAUGUUUAAAAAGGAAUUAGAAUCAGAGACAAAGGGAAGUCUUAUGCGGGUUAGUGCUUUUGUUAGAGCAUAUUAAGAAUUGAAAUGGGCUUUUGAGGGACUCUCUGUUAAUAUUAUAAUUCCCAGAGAAAAGGAAUACUCUUGGUAGCAAGGAGAAGCAAGGAAAAUACAACUGCCUUGUCUCAGUGGACAUGUGUCUCAUAUCCAGGCUAAGAUACCCAUUGGGAAAGCACUCUGAUAUCAACUCCUGCUAACCCUAAGUGGGGUCUGUCUUAAUUUCAUCUUCAUUCCAGUUGGACUACAGAUGGGGCAUUUGAAGCAAAAGAGAUUUAGAAAAUAUAGACAUGGUUGUUGUUUUUUUCUUUGGACAUUUGAAAACAGCAUUAGCUUACUGUGUAGCUACAAGACAGAACUAGGGUUAAGGUAAAUCAAAAGGUUUUUCUUUUUUUUCUGAUCUAGUGUCAAAACUACUUCUUUGGUGGUAAAACUGAACUGAACUGACAGGGAGCCUUUUUUGCCCUUAGUGUGACUGUCAGUUUUGCUGAGAAAUGGUAGGAUAUUUCCCUUGAACCCCUCUGGAAGAAUUACAAGGUUUAUAUGUGGUAUUAAUUUUCUAAAAUCCAUAAAUUCCUGGUCUUGGGUAUGUAAUAAGGGACUUGUGCCUGGAAAGGAUGGCAUGUGCAUUACGUGGCGGGUGGGAUGACCUUCUCCCUGCAUGAAAGACUGAUUCUACUUUUACUGUUUUGCAGGAAGAGAUUCUUUCUUUCUGGCACUGAAUAGAAUAUUUUAAAAUUGAAUCGCUUUACAAAAGCUCUUGAGAAAGUUUGAGCAAUGUCCUUAGGAAUGACAUUUACUUUUUAUAAUAGUUUUUAUACAUUUAAACUGAUAUUAGUAAAGAUAUUAGGUUAUAUUUAAAUUUUAUUUAAAGAAUUACUAAAGCACAGGGUCUGUGAAUAACAAAUUCUUCAUGGCACUUUGGAGUUUUCACUGGAACAUUUAAAUAGUGUGCAAAAUGAUAAAGCUGCUGCUACAAAUUUACAGAUAGAUAAUCUGAUGACCAUAAGUAUCCAGCACCAUCUAGAAUAGAGAAAAAACAUUAAAAUUUAAGUUUAAGACAUUUCACUAGGCGAUAUUGCUUAUGUAUUUGCUUUUUUCUUAUGUAUUAGAUAUAAAGACUUUUUGUUUUUUAAAGAUAUUUAGUAAAAUAAAUAGUAAUAAUAGAUACCAGUUGUUGAGUCUGCAUUAUAUCACGUAGUCCUCACAACCCUGCAAAGUCAGGUAGUGGUACUCCCACCUCAAGGGUGAAAAUGGCAUUUAGAAACAGUGCCCCAUUGUAUACUCAGGUAGGGACAGAGCUAGGGUUUGAGUCCUUGUCUAGUUCUAAAACUUACUCUCUGUCUGCUAUAUUCCCUACUAAGGUUAUGAAGCUGUCAGGAUUUGUUACUUUAAGUAUGCAGUUUGGAAGAUAUGUUACUUAAUAAUAAUGUUACCCAUAGUAAUACAUUUGUGGUUUGUGUCUUGAAAUUAAAGGCCAUAUUUGAUUUGGGUAGUAUUGUUGAAACGGUUUGCAUAAUUUGGCCCAAAGACAAUUGAAUUGAUAAUAUCUUAACCUAAGGAUAAAUAAUCAGUGUUUGUAUUGCUACUAGGUACUCUUGAGAUUUGAAAGAGUUUCAAACUCAGAUAGAAGCAUAUGCUAAACUUGCAUAAGAGCAUAACUAUCUAAAAAUCUAAAUAUCCAGUAGCUAAAAAGGGCACUUAAAAAUUCUAACCACUUUUAGAGGCUAAUGUUAUUCUGUCUUACAGUAUAAGGACUUAAUGUGAUUGGUAUUUUAUAAAAUAUUUGUGAAGUUUUAAUAAGACUGGUUCUAAAAUAUAUACUUUGAAGAAAGCAUUUGUAUUAAUUUGGUUUUGUUCACACCUGUGUCCAUCAUAUUAAUUUAUCAACAUGUACACAAUCUGAAACUGUUAAACAAGAUAAAAAUAUUUAAAAUGUAUACUAGUACUUGAAAUCAGAUUUUACUAACCUUAUAUAACUUCUGAUACAGUGCUGAAAAAUUAUUUCUGUUGAAAUAAAUGAUACAGAUUAUUAGUUGUUACAUGAAGGUAUUUUUUCAUAAUUUCUUCUCUUCCUCCACCCAUGCCUCCAAUAUUAGGGUUAUUUUAUCACUGAUGGGUUGGUAGUGGUGUAAUAAUGUAUAUUAGGAGGUAGAGAUAGUGUGGUUCUGUUAUACCUAAAUGCUGAUAAAUUGAAUCCUCAACUGUCUUUUCUGCAAUAUAGAGCUUGAAUUCCUCCCACUUGACCCUUGAUGGUCUGAUGAGAACAUUUGAAGUGGUAGGAAGCACUAAAUAAUCACUUGAGGGCAAUGAAACUUGUAAGAAGGAAAACAUGGGUGAAAUCCAGUUCCUUUUUCAAUAUUGGAAUUAAGAGGAUUUGAUUUGUUGGCUUCUAAGUAGAUUAGAAUACAUACAUGUUAUAUAUCAUUUUAAUUGACAUUAAUUUAGAUAUUUUUUUAAAGGAAUACACCUUUCAUACAUUUUAAAUGAAAGCAAACUUGGGUGGAAAUCAAAAUGGAAGUCUCAAGGUAAUUUGUAGCUUUCCAUCAAGUUAGCUGAUGUUUUGUGCUGAGGAGAUAGAUAUGUUGCCUUGAGAUCAGGCCAUUUCUAGCUUUGGUAGUUCAUGGCAGGCUUUGCUUACUGCUCUGUGAAUUAGCCAUAAGACAACAUAAGUUUGAGGUGAUAUUUACUGUUUGAAAUUCUUAACCUAAUAUUGUAUAUAUUUCUGUAAGCUGAAAUUUUGUUAAAUACCAUGGGCCUUUAUGAAAAUGCCUCUUCAGACCUGCAGAAAUUCUGAUCCAAAGAUCUUGGAGGAAAUCAAGCUUAUUAUUCAUGAGCUCUAAAUUGGGUAGAUUAGUUGGGUUCAAUUCUGCCAUAUAUUUUUAUGGUUCCCAAGAAUUAUUCUUACCGUUUCUGAGAUUAAAUGUCACUUUUAUCAAUAUAAUCAUAGAAUGAAAUCUUACCCCAAGGAAGCCCUAAAAAUAAAAAAAUUAAUAACAUUAUCUCGAGUUUAUUAAUACAUUUAUAGUUUAUAAUAGCUUAAAAAUUAAUAUGGACUUACCAGGAGUUGGUUCAAAAUAGAAGUGACUAACUGUAGGAGAGGAAAAGUCAACAAUCAGUGCUAUCAAUGGAUUUAUUUUUUAACUUUUAACUUAGUUAUGUAAGUUAAAAUAUUUUCUAUAUAAAAAAUCUUUGUUUUUUUUAUUAUUCUUUUAAGAGCAAUUAAGUUUAAGAUAUUUACAUUGAUGGUUUUUUUUUAAAGAUUUUAUUUAUUUAUCUAUAGAGGGGAAGGGAAGGAGAGAGGGAGAGAAACAUCAAUGUAUGGUUGCCUUUCGUGCGUCCCCUACUGGGAACUGGCCUGCAGGGAACUGGUCUGCAACCCAGGCAUGUGCCCUGACUGGGAAUCGAACCACAAUUGUCUGGUUCGCAGGCCCGCGCUCAAUCCACUGAGCUACACCAGCCAGGGCUAAAAUCUUUGUUUUUAAAGACAUUAAUUACAUUUUACUGCUUAGUUUUUUAUUUGCAUAAGAUUUUUAUUUUUAUUUAUUUAUUUUAAAGAUUUUAUUUAUUUAUUUUUAGACAGAAGGGAAGGGAGGGAGAAAGAGAGGGAGAGAAACAUCAAUCAGUUGCUUCUCACAGACCCCCAACCAGGAACCUGGCCUGCAACCCAGGUGUGUACCCUAACAGGGAAUCAAACCAGUUACCCUUUGGUUCACAGGCCUGGUGCUCAGUCCACUGAGCCACACCAGCGAGGGUGCAUGAUGUAAGAUUUUUAAAUGAAUAUGCAAUAUAUAGAUUUAAAUUAUCUUAAUUCUGUCAACUAUAAUUUAAACAUGGGGAAAUUGGUAAAAAAGCUACCUGUAAUACCAAGACACUUUAACAUCUCAGUUAACAGAAGGCUAUUUAAGUGACUUCCACAUUUCCCUUAAUACUGUUGGUGUUAAUAAAUGGUAAUAAAGAAAAAAACAGCAGGCAAAAGUAAGUAUUUUUCAGCCAGUUUCACUGGAAAAGCAUUGCUUUGUACCUUCCAUAUGGUCCUUCUUUAAAAGACUGGCAGUUUACUCAAGAAAUUGAUCUUUCUACCAAGAAAGCAGAUCUCUUUAGUUAUAGAGCUCUCAGGUUAAACACUGGCCUGAAGUUUUCUUGAUCUGAGAUGACAUUUGUUCUCUUAGGAUGCCUUUUCCAGCUCCCUGACUUAACUAGGAUCACUGGGAGAAAAAAAAUCUUGCAAUCAUGAAGUUACAGCAGUUCUAUAAAUUAUUCUGUCAGGAUUCUUUCCAGGAUGGGCUGUGGCCAGCAGUGCUUUUAAAAAGUUCAGAAAAAAAAUAUGUAGAUAUUGUUUGGAUCUGGGUAAUUUGAAUGAGUCAUGUGUCUGAGGAGUCAGGAUUUUCACUGGAAGGGAACCUGGUGCUAAAUACAUGUAUUUACCGAAGGUCACACAGAUAAUUAUAACGAUGAGAUUAGAAUUUGGACUUUGCAACCACAGGCUAGUGCUCUUUAGCCUCAUUUUGAUGUAAGGAUGAGCUUGCUAAUCUUGCAGUUACCAGUCAUCAUUGAGGGAAGUAGUUGCCUAAAACAUUUUUAGUUGGAAAUAUGGAGUUUUCAUUUUCCUUUUGGAUUUGGACAUAAUGCUGAUUAAAUAGAACAGAUCGUAGGAUGAGGACUUAGCUGUUUGAACUCAAAAGACUUAGGUUCUUAGUUAGGCUUGGAAGCCGCUUGUUUGAUCUUAAACUUUCUGGGAUGCUUUAGUAUUCUUCACGAUGGUUGACUUUAAAUAGUCAAUUGAAGAAUCUUGAAAAUUUUAUCUUAGGCACAGAAAUGAUUUAGGUCUAACUUCUUGACAUUUUUAUGAAAUAGUGCAUGUCCCUGAUUCUAAGAUACCAUAAUUGUAUUAAGUGUACCAUUUAGAUAACAGUAAUUGAAAGAAAAAGGAGAUCUAGAUGAAAUGUAUAUAUCUGUUGUGAGAUGUAUCUUGAUUUCAGAAAAUGUUUAAGUGUGAAUAGUAUUUUUUAGACUGGGAAAUAGAAAUUUUUAAUGUUACCUUUUAUAAUUCCAUUGAAGUAUUUCUCUUGUGUUUUUGUAAAUUGAGAUUCCGAAUAACUUACUGUAUCAAUAAAAGGCCUCCUCAAAAUGUUGAAUGAUGUGCGUGCAAUUCAGUUAAAAAAUUACCUGUUAGGAUUUAGAUGUGAUAAUCUUUAAUGCAUUAUGUUUAUGCUUAUGCUUUGUUAGUGAAGAGUCAUCUGUUUCAUCUUUCCUAAAGCAGUUUAUUCUGUAACUCUUUUGCUUCUUCACUUUCACACUCAUCAAUGAUAGAAGAGGUUGUUUUCUUGAUUUAUAGUUUGGAUGAAAUGAAUAAAUAAAUGUAGAACUGUUUGCAGGCAUUGAGAUUUUUUUAUGUCUUUAAAUUUAAUAGCUGUUCUUUAUUUUGUUUCCAAAUGAAUUGGAAUGGUAAAGAUAGUAACUUUCAUAGUGAACUGGCUAAUCUUAGGUAGGGUAUGGAAUGGAAUGUUUUUAUAAACUUUAUAGAUUGACAGUCUGGAAUAUAUUUAUUUACCUGUAUAAGAGCAUUAGGUGUCAAAACCUAAAAUAAAGGAAAUAAGCAAUCAA